AUGGCGAUCAAUAAUGCUGCUGAAUAUUGGACAAAGAAAGGAGAGCAUCAAAAGAUCCAUGAUGCAAUAGCAUCUUGCAUUAAAAAGAAUAAAUUGAUUCAGAUGCUGUACAAUGAAAAAGAAGAAUUAUUGAAGCAUCAGCAGCAACUGCAGAAGAUGGUUAAGGAAGUAGUACAUCACAAGAAAGUCAUACAAUUAGAUGUUCAUCAGGAAAAAUCCUACAUGACAAAGCUGCAGCUAGAAAAUGAUCAACUUCUUGCAGAGAAGAUUUCCUACUUGGACAUUAUUAAUGAAAAGGAAGCUGUUAUUGUCUCGUUGAGAGAUCAAAAAUUAGCGCAAGAACUGCAGAGUGAAAAGGAUAAAGAAGAAAAGAAAGAAGGUGAAGCAGAAAAGAUAAAAUUAAGAAAACCAGAUUCCUCAUUCCCUAAAGCAGAGACGAGAGCACAAAAGAGAAAGGAACAAAAAAAAAGCCAAAUCAAAGAAGAGGGCUAA